GUGUGACCUCGUGUGUGUGUGUGUGUGAGUAUGGAGAGAGGGAGGGAGGAGGAAAAGCUACAACUCUGGCGUAGAAGCAGACCGACCCGCAUCUGUACCCGGAGUACCGACAGUUUAAACUCCUCUCCAUCCAGAUAAGAAACCAAAGAAAGUAAACCGAGGGAUUGCAGAGCUGUGUUGUCAGCCUCAUCUGUGAAAGGAAAACUCAGCUUACAUCCACCUUCAUCUACAGCUGGGCUGCUACUGUCAGACUGGGUUGGAGGACAAUCAACUGCAACUGCUGCUGCCGCCGCUGGUGUGUUUUGUGUGGUGUGGACUUUCUCACGUUGCGGUGGACACACACUCUCUCACACACACAGGAGCUUGCAUGCCCGGUACUCCCCCUCCCACCUCUCUCUCUCUCUCUCUCUCUCUCUCUCUCUCUCUCUCUCGCUCUCUCUUUCUGGCACAUACAUACACACACUCAGAGGAAGAGGCAGUGUGUGAGCGGCGGACCCUGUCGUGUGGAGUGUAUUGAAGAGUGGAGAAGAGAGGAGCGGAGCGGCAGACUCUACCAUGCCAGUGCAGGGAGAAAGGCUGAAGCGCUGUGUCUCUCUCUGUCUCUGGAGCCGGAGUCCUUUGCUGCUGCUUGGACUGUUCUCUCUUCACGCACAGGCUCACGGCAAUAUAUUGGACAGUAUGCUGCUGAGAGCAUCCAGCAAGGAGGCAGUGGAGAGUGGGAAGGAGACUAGUGGCAGCACAGCUCCUGCUUUAUCCUCCCAAAGACUACUGUGGUGUCACUGUUAUCACCACUGCCCAGAAGAUUCAACCAAUAAUACAUGCAGGACGGAUGGCUACUGUUUUACCAUGGUGGAGGAGGAGGGAGGGGUACCAGUCCAGACUGCAGGUUGCCUCGGGCUGGUCGGAUCAGAAUUUCAGUGUAGGGACACAGGGAACUCACGCCAACGGAGAUCGUUGGAGUGCUGCACAGACCAAGAUUACUGUAACAAAAACCUUCAUCCUACACUGCCACCGCUCAAACCACCCCUCUAUGUAGAUGGAAAGAUCCACCACAUGGCCUUGCUGAUCUCAGUCACUGUGUGCAGCAUUAUACUGGCUGUCAUUAUUGUCUUCUGCUACUUCAGGUAUAAGCGUCAGGAGUCUCGUCCUCGCUACAGUAUUGGUCUGGAGCAGGAUGAGACCUACAUUCCCCCUGGAGAAUCUCUGCGGGACCUGAUAGAGCAGUCACAAAGCUCAGGCUCAGGCUCAGGGCUCCCUCUAUUGGUGCAGCGAACAAUAGCCAAGCAAAUCCACAUGGUAAAGCAGAUAGGCAAGGGGAGGUAUGGAGAGGUGUGGAUGGGCAGAUGGAGGGGAGAAAAAGUGGCUGUUAAAGUUUUCUUCACCACUGAGGAGGCCAGUUGGUUCAGAGAGACUGAGAUUUACCAGACCGUCCUGAUGAGACAUGAGAACAUACUGGGUUUUAUAGCUGCUGAUAUUAAAGGAACCGGCUCCUGGACUCAACUCUACCUAAUCACCGACUACCAUGAAAAUGGCUCUUUGUACGACUACCUCAAAUCAACCACUCUAGACAAUAAAGCCAUGCUGCGACUGGCCUACUCCUCCGUAUCAGGCCUAUGUCACCUCCACACAGAGAUCUUUGGCACCCAGGGCAAACCUGCCAUCGCCCACAGGGAUCUGAAGAGUAAGAACAUACUGGUGAAAAGAAAUGGGACCUGCUGUAUAGCCGACCUAGGGCUGGCAGUCAAGUUUAUCAGUGACACCAAUGAGGUAGACAUCCCUCCCAACACUAGAGUCGGUACAAAGCGCUACAUGCCUCCAGAGGUUCUGGAUGAGACUCUGAACAGAAGUCAUUUUCAGUCGUACAUCAUGGCUGACAUGUACAGCUUUGGGCUCAUUCUCUGGGAGAUUGCUCGGCGUUGUGUCUCAGGAGGGAUCCUUGAAGAGUACCAGCUGCCGUACCAUGAGUUAGUUCCUACAGACCCUUCAUAUGAAGACAUGAGAGAGGUGGUCUGCAUCAAGAGACUACGACCAUCCUUUCCUAAUCGAUGGACCAGCGAUGAGUGUUUGAGGCAGAUGGGGAAGCUGAUGACAGAAUGCUGGGCCCACAACCCGGCCUCCCGCCUCACAGCCCUACGGGUCAAAAAGACACUUGCCAAGAUGUCAGAAUCGCAGGACAUCAAGCUGUGAGCUGGCACUGCCAGGUGUGUGUUUACACACAAAGAAAGGGCACUAACAAUCACACUGACUCUGGUCAGGGCCACACAAUUCUUUUUUCCUGGGAAAAGGAGUUGGGACAGGAAGUGAGAUCAUCACUCGGAAAUCGAAGGAUCACAAGAACUUUGAGAACUUCGAACCUCUACAAUCCAAAUGCCCCUUGAAAAAGUUUAUUACAGGACUGCAGGGGUUAAAACUAAAACGAAUCAAGACAAUCUGGUCCCAUGUGACCCUGUUCUGUCAAUCAGAGAAGAUGAGACAUUUUCAUUUCAGACUAGUGAGAGGACUCUAAAACCAGGUUCCUGUUCACAUGCUCCAAAAGCCCUGGAGAAAGAGAUUGAGUUUAACUUGGCACUGUAGCUGCAGAAAUACGCAAACAAGCUACUGACCAGUGAGUGGAAUAUUAUAUCACUGCUUUCUGUGAAAGCUUCCCUACCUGUAGAUGAAGGUCCGAUUGAUAGAACGAAAAAGGACGUGCUUUAAGGCAAUCUGUUAUUGCAGCAUGACACCUCCUUUCAAAACACUGUCAACCCACUACUGCCUUUAUGUUGUAAUUGGAUUGAACACACGUUUGUCACUCUUAAAUUGACUGCUUUUGGUUACGAUGACUGACACCAUGUGGCAGACAGAAAGUUUACUUCUGAGGCUUUAAAAGUUUUGUUGACACUGAAGAAACCGUACACCUGUAUUUUUGAGUUGUGAUGGGAUAUGAAAGUUUCAAAAGCGCAUUUUUCGAUGUAAAACUCAAACUCUUCGAGAGUCUUUGUGAAAAAUAAAGUUUAUAUGUCCAAAUGAAUCCUGGAUUGAGGCUCUACACGCCUCUGUGUUUCCUUGCCCUGCGUGAGGAGAAGGGGCUUUACAGUAACGGAGCGAUUGAAGCAGAAUGGUGCCACCCGUAGGUGCUCUGUGGCAAUUACAGGCAAUCAGAAAAUGUUGUACACUAGCUGUAGUGGUGACUUCUUGCUUGAUGAUGUAGUGAUCUAUUAUAAACGUGUGGAAUUGUGCCUGUGUUAGUUUAGGGGUACCACAAGUCAUUUGUCACUGGGGACUGCUAUCAUUCAGACACUCUCAUGACACAGAGUUGCCACCAUAACAAGGCUAAUAAUGGAUACGUGUGUGUGUGUGUGUGUGUUAGGCAGCUGGACCAGGAGCCUUCACUUAAAAUAUUUAACACACAGACACACAGUAUUGUUGAAAUAGCAACUGGUCCUAGAAAACACCACCAGCCAUCCCCAGACUAUCACCAUUAUUACCCAGUGGACAUCACGCAGUCACUUUCUCCCCGACCACCAGGCUGCCUCAUACAUGUAAAUUAAAGUCCAUGUUGAGCUGAUUCACCAUUUGCAGCUGUCACACUGAAAUCAAAUGGCACCCAAGUCAUUAAAAAAUCCAUCAUCCGGCUUCUGUCAGGUGAGUUUCUCCACUGAUUCAAAUUCUCACAUGGUAGCGAGUAUUAGGAAGCUUUAACAGCCUCACUGCCGCAGUAUGAAAUGGUUCUCAAGGUAAAUCUGGACACCUUUCAUCAUCACAGUUAGCAGGCUGUUAGGUCUUCCACAGCGGCCCGCCAUCACAUCCAUUCGUUUUUAGCUUUCCUUAGUCCCAUUUGUAAAACCCUUAACUUUCCUUCAGGUCAGUAAGUUCAUUUCUUUUUAUAUCUCUACCAGCUGAAAUAAUGGGAUGCUCUGUCACUGCUGAGUGUGUGACGGAUUUGUUGUGUUAUACAUGCCCUUUCUUUCCUCUUGGGUGUUGUGCCUUAUUUAAUCUGUACCUACUGUAGUUGUCUGUGAGAGAAAGUGGUGUUUUUAAUUCAGUAAAAAGGUUGAACAUUCCCCUAAUAAAGUGUUUCACUCAUCCACAUGGCUGAUGCACAGUUUGUGGUGGCCGGCUGAGAUGC